AAUGAUCACUCCCAUCAACCACAAGAAAGCAAGAGAUGGUGCGGCGGAACUGCGUGCUUGUGCUGGUGGUGUUUGUGCUGGGUGUGGCAGCCCUCACGCUCCUCACAUCGCUCUUCACGGACAGCACCCAGCAACUACAGCCACAACCUGCAGACGCAGAGAACCCAGACGCCCCUCAACAUCAACAACAACAACAACAGCUGCAGCAUCAACAACAACAGCAGCAAGCUGCAGAUGCACCACCCUCCCAACAGCGCGAUUGCAGGUGGAAGGAGGAGGAGUUGCGGGACUAUGUGGUGUACUUCAGCAACGUCACGGAUCCAGGCCAUGUGCACGCCGAUCUUCGAGGCGACUCUUUGGUGCCGCAGGUGCGGGCGUGGCUUGGACUGGCUGCGCGGCUGCUGCAGAGGGCCGACGACGCGUACACGUGCGACGACGUGCGGGCGCACAUCUAUGCGGCGCAGCCGCUGUUCAACGCGGUGGCGCGGCUGCUCUACGCAUCGUACGAGCCGCCGCGGCUGCCGGUGGCAUCAUACGUGUUCAAGCGCAUCGAGAGCUACCGGCUGGUGCUGCGUCGGUUACGGGAACAGGAGGGGUCCGGCGACGUGCACGUGAUUGUGUCCAUGGACCGGUUCAACCUGGCGUACCUGCGCAUGCUGACGGAGGAGCUGACCUUCUGCACGUGGCAGCCGAUUGUGCACGAGCUGGAGUGGGAGACGUUCCAGCAGAUGCAGCGCGACAACAUGGUGCGCGUGGCGGUGCCGCUCGCCUUCCACUGGUGGUGGCUGCAGGACACGCUGUGGACGCGGCUGCUCAAGGGCUACGACGGCGACGUGAUGUUCCUGGAGGAAGACCACGUGCUGCUGUCCAACGCGUCGCUGCAGCUGGCGCGGGCGAUGAUGCGCAUCAAGAAUCGCGGCGAGAGCCAGUGCGACACCACCUCCCUCUCCAUGACCGCCGUGCACGUGUUUGGGCAGAUGAACCGCUUCCACCACGUGUUCCGCGACCCGGACGCCGCCGUGGUGGAGCAGCCCUUCUUCUCCAACCUCGCCUACGCCUUCAACCGUAGCGUGUACGAGAAGCUGCGUCCGGAGCGCAAGCGUCGCAUGGACUGGGACUGGAACAUCAACCUCGCCUUCACGCGCGCGCCCAACGGCACGUUUGCGCGGCGGCACCUGCGGCCCGUCCGCAAGCGCGUGCUCAACAUCGACAUGUGCAAACCGAGCGGGGGCAUCCACGAGCUGCGCGUGUCACCGCACCUCGCAUACGAGUACUGCGGCACGAAGCAGGGCGGCGCAUACGACCUCGACAGCCUGCCGGAGUCGCACAUUACGCUGCCUGCGCAGGUGGACGUGUACCGGUUUGAGGGCCGCUACCCAAAGUGGCUGUGGGUGCGGGAGAUUGUUGACCCGCAGUUCAUCAUCGCGUGUGGCGACGGCGCUGCGUGGAAGCCCGCGCGUAAGGUGUGUGUGCACGAGGACACGGGCGACGUGAUUGGCUGCCCGGCUCAGUUUGCAUUCAAGAGUGAGGGUAGUGAAGGGGGUGACGGUGGUGAGGGAGGGGGCGGUAAGGCUGAUAGUGAAGGGGGUGGUGGUGAUGGUGGUGGGGAUGAGGGUGCAGUGGUUGAGGAGGAGAAGGUAUGUGAGCCGCAGGAUGAGCGGUGGUAUCCAUAUGUAGGUAGCAGCAUGACAGGCAAGGCAUGAUGAGGAAUGGUGUGAUGUGUGUGUCUGUGUGUGUGUGUGUGUCUAUGUGUGUGUGUGUCUGUGUGUGUGUGUAGGCUUUUCUGUCUCUGUGUGUGUGUGUGUGCGUAAACUUUUCUGCGUAAGUUUUCUGUGUGUUUCUCUCUGUGUACGUUUGUCUGUGUGUACGUUUUUCUGUAUGGCCGUCCUCUGCAUCAUUGCUUGGUUGUGUGUUCGUUAUUUAGCCAAUCAGCUAGGCAGCUUCUUCGGUUACUCCUUCAUUCAUUCAUUCACCUUGAAGGACCUUGCCUCUUCCCCUG